GAUCGUUAGUUCGCCUCGCACUGGCGCGCAAAUCGGUCGUGCCUUCGCUUCGUAAGCCCGCGUGGAAUUGGUCAUUUGACUAAAAAGCAGUACCUACUUACCUUCCCACAAUUUGACUUUGAACUGCAAUUGGUGAAACGUUACGUGCAAGGUAACGGUAGUGCGGCGGUGGUAACGAGAAAGUGUGCGGUGCAUUCCAAGAGCAACCGGUUUUCGAGCGUGCGAAAUUAAAAUGUCCACAAAUCAUCAGAAUGGCAAAGAUUCCCAUCUGCCGAUGCCGGCAGAGCAGGCCCCUUCGGACGUUGGGAAAAGCAACCAGUCGUUUCUGGGUACCGGUCACAACGCUCGGGAUGUGAUGUCAAUCUUUUUGGCGGAAUUUAGCGGCACCGCGACGCUCAUGUUCCUGGGUUGCAUGUGCUGCGUCACCGGAUUUGGGAACACACCCACAAACGUUUCCGGCGGCAUCGGGUUCGGCUUCACAGUUAUGAUGGCCAUCAUCACAUUCGGUCACGUUUCCGGUGCUCACAUCAAUCCGAGCGUGUCGAUUGCUGCACUGGUGUACGGACUGUUGAAUGUUCCGAUGCUCAUCCUCUACCUGAUCGCUCAAUUCUUGGGAGGCCUUUGCGGGUACGGCUUACUGAUGGCCGUUACCCCAAUGAAGUACUUCACCGCAGCAAUGGAAAUCGGAAACGGAGCUUGCGUCACUGCACCGCACGAUGAUCUCAGCGUCAUGGAAGCAUUUGGAGUGGAGUUUUUCGUAACCGGAAUCCUGGUUUGGACGUGCUGCGGUCUGUGGGACCCACGAAACAGCAAAAUGGGAGAAGGUACUCCGGUGAAGUUUGCGUUGAUCGUUGCCGGCAUCUCCAUCGCUGGUGGACCGUACACCGGAGCGAGUAUGAACCCGGCCAGAACGCUGCCGCCUGCAGUGUGGAACGGAAGCUACAAGUCAAUUUGGAUAUACUUCAUCGCACCACCAUUGGCUGGUAUGGUUAUGCCUCUCAUCUACAAGUACGUCUUCCGACGAGAACUUCCACAAGAUGAACAAACGGCAAUGGUCACAAAGACACCGGAAGAGAUGAAGGCUCAUAUUGUGGAGCAAAACCGUUUCUAAGUUUGGAACAAAUUCAAUGAAACCUACUGGGAAGUCGAUCUACAAAAAGUCUGCUCAUAUUUAAAUUAGGUUACUAAGUAUCGUGAUAAAUUAGAUUAAGUUAUUCUCAUUGAUGAUAUUGAAAACCUUAUCGGUAAGCGAUUACAGUUUACAAAAGUUUGUAUUUUACACUUAAGAACACAUUGUGCAUGUUUAUGAAUGCAGCUCAAUUUUAAGGACUGUGUAAAUUAUACUAUAUGAUAAUAAAAAUCA